GUUUUUUGUAUAAAAACGUCAGUUGGGUAUUUUUUGUGUUUGAGGUGGCAUCGCAAUGGCUGAGCUAGAUAAGUGGAUAGAAAUAGUGAAAAAUUGUAAAUAUCUGCCGGAGAAUGACUUGAAGAGACUCUGCGACAUUGUGUGCGACCUCCUGAUGGAGGAGCCCAAUAUUCAACAAGUCAGCACACCUGUAACGGUCUGCGGAGACAUCCACGGGCAGUUCUACGACUUGGAAGAACUCUUCCGGUGUGGUGGACAAGUUCCGGAUACAAAUUACAUCUUUAUGGGUGAUUUUGUGGAUAGAGGCUACUACAGCUUGGAGACCUUAACGAGACUUAUGACCCUUAAGGCUCGCUAUCCGGACAGAAUAACCCUCCUCCGGGGGAAUCACGAGAGUCGACAGAUCACAAAGGUUUACGGCUUCUAUGACGAAUGCCUGACCAAGUACGGCAACGUUAAUGCUUGGAAAUACUGUUGCCGUGUCUUUGAUCUUCUCACCGUGGCUGCUCUAAUCAACGAGGACGUCCUGUGCGUCCAUGGGGGCCUUAGCCCGGAGAUAAAGACACUGGAUCAAAUCCGGACAAUUGAUAGGAACCAAGAGAUCCCCCAUAAGGGUGCCUUCUGUGAUUUGGUGUGGUCUGACCCGGAGGAUGUGGAGUACUGGUCACAGAGCCCACGUGGUGCUGGUUGGCUCUUUGGUGCCCUCAUUACGAAUGACUUCAUGAAGAUAAAUCGCCUUGAGCUCAUCUGUCGUGCCCAUCAGCUCGUCAAUGAGGGUAUUAAGUACAUGUUUGACUCAAAAUUGGUUACUGUGUGGUCAGCACCCAAUUACUGCUAUCGCUGCGGCAAUGUGGCGUCAAUUUUGAGCUUUAAAACAUCCAAAGAUCGCGAUGUCCGGAUUUUCACGGCUGUCCCGGAUAGUGAACGUGUGAUUCCCACACAGCAGGCUCCCUAUUUUCUCUAAAUGAAAUGAAUUUUUGUUUCCCUGCCACUCACCUGCAUGCGGGUUAGAUGCACACGAGUCUUUUGUUUUCUUUGAAAAAUAUAAGAAAAGGCGCAAAAAGGUGUCUCUUUGUGCCUUUUAUGCAAUCCUCGCGCGGGAGGUUUUUUGCAACACGAAGAAUUCUUCCGGACGUCACUGUGUGUGCAAAAGUCAACCCAGUGGGACCAAUGUUUGGUUAUAUUUUUUUUUGUUUUUCUUUUAGUUAGCCCAAAGCAUUUCAACUUGCGCAUUUUUUACAGCUUUCAUAGAGCAAGGAUCUCAUAAUUUGUGAGAAUUAAAAAGGAAAUAUUGUAAUAAAUUGCAAAUUUUCUUAUUUCCAUGGGA